AUGCCGGGCAAGGGCGACCUGCCCCCCGCCUCCAUCUCUUCGGCCGGCAUGCAGCCGCGCUUCUCCCGCGCGGGCGCCGCGCUCACCUCCGAUCCCGACGACAAGCCGCGCUCCACCCGAUCCCGCUCCUUCUCCACGGCGCGCAGUCGUAAGUGGCUCAACUCCCUACUGUCCGCGCUGCGCAUCCGACGGGCGAAGCGCACAACGGCGAGUAUUGUGCUGCUCGCAUUGUUCGUUGCCGUCCUGGCCGCCGCCGCCCUCGUCUUCAGGAAUCUCUACCCGAAGAGCCUGUCGCGGCUUAAGGCGGGCGUCGAGGACGUCAAGGUCGGCGUCAUGGACAUCACGCAUCUGCACCAGAGCCAUCAAGCUACGGCUAAGAGCACCUCGCAGGUGGGCGUGGAACGCAUGGGAGGGGGGAACGUGUCGGUGAUCCAGGGCGAGAAAGUCGUUGAGGAUCCGCAUGCGCGCGCAGCUGAGGAAGAUGACGCGGAUGUCCCCGAUCAUGGCGAGAUUGCGCCGAAGCCAGUGAGCGCUGAGUGGCGGCUCCCGGUCUUCGUGCCGGAUGGUGUAACGCAGAGGAGACCGGUGCCGCCGGAGGUUGGGUCGCUUGCGAUGGACUCGGAGCGGAAGCAUUAUGCGGGGGAGAAAAUGUCUGUUGUCGUGCUGUUUCAUAAUGAGUAUGAUUCGCUCAAGUAUGCGCUCAAAUCGUGGCUUGACAGGGGAUUAAUUGAUUAUGCAGAUGAGGUGCUGUUCUUUUUGAACGGUGUCAAGAGCGAGAGCGACUUCGUGACAAAAAUUCCCGACUUUUCUGACCGCAUUCCGGAGGAGAAGCGCAGCAUACAUGUGUCGAAGGAGAACAUGCCUCUUGGGUUGGCCAUCACAAAGAUGAUCGAGCUCACCAGGCACGACUAUGUUCUCCUCAUGGAAAAGGAUUGGGAACUCAUUGAGGAGCAGCCCGUUAUGGAGUCACGCCUAGAUGAUUCCAAGGUAAUCGUAGGAUCAGGGAUUGCGGAUCUGGUGAGGCAUAGACAUCGCUACAAUCCGGGGGUGCCGUUACACGCUCUAAUUAUGCAUGAGGGUCGCGAAAGCUCUAUAAUGACGCAGCAGAAGAACUUGCUCUGCUUUGUACAUCACUGGCAGAAGGAUCCUACGACGAUGUACCCUGGGGAGGGGAUCAUGCGUAGAUGCGGCGGCGCCGAGCGCAAGGUUGAAGAAGUCGAUAUAUAUUGUUCGUCUUCUGUAUACUGCCAGUGGACUAAUAACCCCGCUGUGUUCAAGAAGAAAUGGUUUAUGGAUGAGGUUGGCGAGAGGUACAGGAAAGAGUACAAGAUCGAAUUUGACAAACACGGCAAGACCUCUCCGUUCCUCGAUUUUGAGUAUUACACAAACUGGCGCUCUUACGCUUGGACCGAUAAGAACUUUACCGUUGCAGUCGGUACUGGCUUGUUUCGCCAUGCGGAGUCAGAGCAUCAGCAUUUCAAUACGUUUUGGUACGCUUUCUAUCGUCUUACGCAAGACAUGAAGGAAAUUAGAGACGCCUACUUGAGGAACGAAACGAGUUUCAAAAAGUUGGGAGGCGUGCACUUCGACCCGACCUCACCGAUUCCUCCACCGAUGAUGCAGAGAUAUCCAGUCGACUUUGUUCGAAAAUACCACAUCAAGGAAGCAUUCACGGGUGGCUUGAACGAGCAGCGGCAUUUGAUCAACGAACGUUACCAACCGUACUUGAAGGCUCACCGGAGCUUGACAGACGACGAAUGGAAGCAGCAUGGACCUGAAUCUAAGACUCCGAAACAGGCGGUUGAUUGGCGCACAGAAGUCACCAGGCUGCAUAAUACCGUAGAGACGGCAAUGAUUCGAGCCCCACCUUUGCAGCCUCACGAAAUGAACAUAACUCUGGUCACCUCACUACUCGAUCUAGGCCGCGACGGUCUCGCUGCGGAUUCCUAUCAAUUCAGGAGAGAGUUCCAAAUGUACCUGGAUGCGACGGCGAAAUGGUUGCUUCAUGUUUACCCUAAAGUCGUGUACACAUCUCAACAGAUCGCUGAUGAGUUAACGAAGACGAUGAGUGAAGAUUCCAAGAGAACUACGGAGUUUGUCAUCACGAACAGGAAGGAAUUGCGUUCAAAAUGGCUUGGUCCUGACAACUAUGACCGUGUGCAAACUUUAAGAACGUCAAAGGAGUGGCUGGAGCGUGCGUCAUGGUUGGCGAACUCUCCGCAGGCUGGUUUGGAGGAUUACAACCCACUGGUCAUGUCAAAGAUAUACAUGGUUCGUGAUGCUGCAACCAAGAACUACUUCAACACGACUCACUUUGUGUUUUUGGACGCCAAACACAACUGCAUGAAUCCCGAACUUAUGACUCCCAAAAACGAUCAUAUUAUUCGCGCACACAUGUUCAACAAAUUCCUCCUUACAACAUUUGACUAUACGCCGGCGUCCGAGAUACACGGAUUUGAGUAUAAGGCGUUCAACGAGUACUGUAAUAUCAAGAACCCUGACACCAGACAGUUGCUGAAGAUUGGACGUGGUGGAAUAUUCGGAGGGUCGGCAUUUGUAAUUGAGUACAUAGCAGCGAUGUAUGACGCUGUAUUGACGGCAACGUUACAAGAAGGUCUCAUGGGCACAGAGGAGAACAUAUUUGCUAUCUUGAGGUGCCAAGUACCGCAAUAUGUGGAUGACUUUAGCAACAAUUGGGCAUGCCCCGAGCAAAUACAAGGAGAUCACACUUGCAAAAACCUGGAGUCUCAAGGAUACAACUGCGCGAUUUUCGACUGGGUAGCCCGGGAUGCGGUCAGGAGUUGAGCAAUAUGUACAGUAAACAACUUACUUGAA